GCAGGGUGCCAUUUUCUCUCCUUGUUAGACCUUCCGGAGCUGAGCAGGAGGCGGCUGCUGAUGUGUUCUGUGUCCUGCAAGCAGGUCUGGCAGGGCACAGCAUGAUUGAAGAGGACUGGAAUGCAGAGAUGGGGGACGAGGCGUUGCUCCCAUCCCUUGAGAAGGUUAGCUUGUUUGAAAGACCAAAUGACCUCUCAUCUGGCUUCAGUCCGAGUGUAAGCUCAUUCGGUACUGAUGAAUUUUUGAACAGACAGUGUCAACCAAUGAGUAGUUUCGGUAGAGGAAGGAAUUUUGCAGCCAAAGGUUUUCAAGAAAGAAACAUAGAAGAUGCGAAUACACAAAAUAGAGGAUCUAAAGGAUUCCAUGGUGGCUUUGGACAAGAACUGUACAAGGGUGAGUGCUGUGAAAUGGCUUCUGUUCUUCAUCCAGGUAAAAAACCCUUGGUCUGCACAUGCAGAAUUGUCAAACUAAGUUGUUGUUUGCUGUGCUGUACUCCAGGUUUUCAAGGAAGAAAUGCUGCAGAAGGUUCUAGUACUCAUACAAAAAAUAAAGGGUUUAAAGGAUUUCAUGGUGACUUUGGACAAUGUGAGAGUAAGUAUGGGCAGAGGAACAUGUCUCAGUCUGGAAUUCUUGGCUCUACAGAAAAAGGAACAUUUACAGAUGGUACAGGUUUUCAAGAAAGAAACGUUGUAAAAGAUUUUGGUACACGAAAUAGGGGGUCCAAAGGAUUUCAUGAUGGCUUUGGGCAAGGUAUUAAUAAUGGGCGAAGGGUCAUACCUCAGUCUGGAACUCCUGGCUCUAGAGAAAAAGGGACAUUUACAGAUGGUGCAGGUCCGAAGGUGACGUAUGUGCCCCCUCCUCCACCUGAUGAUGAACAAGCCAUCUUUGCACGUUAUGAGACAGGAAUGAAUUUUGACAAGUAUGAUGAAAAUAUUGUCGAAGUGUCAGGACUGGACCCUCCAGCAGCAUUAAUGAGCUUUGCAGAUGCUAACAUAUCCCAUACUUUAACUGUGAACAUUGCUAAAGCUGGAUACUCUAAACCUACUCCAGUGCAGAAGUACAGCAUUCCUAUUGUACUGGCAGGACGGGAUUUAAUGGCAUGUGCCCAGACAGGAUCAGGAAAAACUGCAGCUUUUCUUGUACCAAUUGUGGCCCAAAUGAUGAGAGAUGGUGUAACUGCCAGUAGCUUUAAACAGCAGCAAGAACCAGAAUGUAUUAUUACUGGCCCAACUAGAGAACUAGUAAAUCAGAUCUUCCUAGAAGCAAGGAAAUUUGUGUAUGGAACUUGUAUAAGGCCUGUUGUGGUCUAUGGAGGUACACAAAUAGGCCAUUCAGUUCAUCAGGUUAUGCAAGGCUGCAAUAUACUAUGUGCCACUCCAGGAAGGCUUCUAGACAUCAUUGGAAGAGGAAAGAUUAGUUUGCAUAAUGUGAAAUAUUUGGUGCUAGAUGAAGCAGACCGCAUGCUUGAUAUGGGUUUUGGCUCAGAGAUGAAGAAGCUGAUUUCUUUCCCAGACAUGCCACAAAAAGACAAACGCCAGACACUAAUGUUUAGUGCCACAUUCCCUGAAGAAGUUCAGAGGCUGGCUGGUGAAUUUUUGAAAACUGAUUUUUUAUUUGUUGUUGUCGGGCAUGUGGGUGGAGCAUGCAGCGAUGUUCAGCAAAAUAUUCUUCAGGUUUCUCAGUAUCUCAAGAGAGAUAAACUGAUGGAAAUUCUACGCAGCAUAGGUAAUGAGCGAACCAUGGUGUUUGUGGACACAAAGAAAAAAGCAGACUUCAUUGCGUGCUUUCUUUGUCAAGAAAAUAUACCAGCCACUAGCAUCCAUGGAGAUAGAGAGCAGAGAGAGAGAGAAAUAGCCCUUCAGGAUUUUCGUUCUGGAAAAUGUCCAGUUCUUGUGGCAACCUCAGUGGCAGCAAGAGGUCUGGACAUCGAAAGUGUUCAGCAUGUUAUUAAUUUUGAUCUUCCUUCCACCAUUGAGGAGUACGUACACAGAAUUGGACGAACUGGCCGCUGUGGAAAUACAGGGAAAGCGGUUUGCUUCUUUGAUAAUGAUUCGGAUGGCCAUCUUGCACAGUCUCUAAUUAAAGUGCUUUCAGACGCCCAGCAGGAAGUUCCUCUUUGGUUGACAGAAGUUGCUUUUGAGUCUGAAAGAGGAAGACUCUCGGUUAAUGUCCAAAAGAAUAACAGAGGUAGAGGCAACAUGAACCCAGGAGAAAUGAAGAUGAAGUAUUCUGCAAGUGAAGUUGAGUCAUGGGAUUAAAACUAUUUUAUCCCAAACUGGUUUAUAUUCUGUUGCGCUGUAAAUGAAAUGUUGCAUGGGAAGAUAGUCUUGUGGAGACCUAGUUUGGGAAAGUACUUUUUAAAAGGGUUCACUUGAACUUUGUCCCUUUUUUGUAACAUGUCAGUUAAAAAGUUUGAAUCUUGUGUUGUGAUGACUAAAAGAUCUGUUGAACACCUCUUAAGCGAUUACUUAAUAGAAAUUUGAGUUCUCUUUGAAUGUAGCCUCUGUAUCAGAUAUUACAG